AUGAGCAGCGCGCCCGCGGCGGAGGUCGGGCGCAGGCUGAAGGGCAGGAUCGCGGCGAGCGUGCGGAGCGACGCCUCGGCGCAGAGGAGAGGUUCAGAGAAGGUUCGGAGAAGGUUCGGAGAAGGUUCGGAGAAGGUUCGGAGAGGUUCGGAGAAGGGCCAGAUGAACGUGCAGAAGCGCCUUGGCUCCCUCGCGCUCACCGUCGACCGGGCGCGGUCGCUGCUGCGCGGCGGUGCGGACUCUUUAGCCGGCGAGCCUUCUGCCCUCGAGCGGGCGCGCGUCCUCUGCUCGUGGAGCGAGUCGGAUACGACAGCUGCGGCCGCCGGCUCCACCGUCGCGAUCCACUCUCUGGUCUCGCGGCCGUCGAUGAACGGCAAGGUCGGCGUCGUCGUCUCCGCAAGCGCUUCGACGGGACGCUUCGGCGUGCGCGUGGCGGGCGAGGCCAAGGCCCUCGCACUGAGGCGCGCUACGGCCUCUCCCCCACUCGCCGGAUCCUCUCUUUGGACACGCCCCACGCCUCUUCCCUUCCUCAGGCCGGCCAACCUGGAGCCAGCGGCUGAGGCGGUGGAGGUGGGCAGGCUCAUCCUCAAGGUGGCGGAGUGGUCGCCGCAGUCGCACGAGCUCUUCCCAGAGGCGGCUCGCAAGCGGGCGGUCGAGGUGAUGCGGCUGGGCUACCUGAUCGCGUGGGACGAGGAGCGCUUCGACGGCGAGGGGGCGGCGCCGGGGCUGGUGGACCUCUGGCGCAGCUUUGUGCUGCCAAGGGUGGUGGUGCGGCCCGCCGCAGGCGCACCGCGUUCCCCAUGA